AGACAGAGUCUCACCCAGUUGCCUAGGCUAGAGCACGAUGGCAUGAUCGUAGUUCAUUGUAACCUCAAACUCCUGUGCUCAAGGGAUCCUCCUAUCUCAGCCUUCCAAGUAGCUCAGACUACAGGUGUGUGCUACCAAGCCCAGCUAAUUUUAUUUUGUGGAGUCGGGGGUCUUACUAUGUUGCCCAGGCUGCUCUGGAACUCCUGGACUCAAGUGAUCCUCUCGCCUUGGCCUCCCGUAGUGCUGAGAUUACAGGUGUGAGCCACUGUGCUUGGCCAAAUUUUAAAAUUUUCUUUAGUCUCUAAAUCCAGUGGGGAUCUAUGUGUGUGUUUCUUAACAACUUGGGAUAGUCUUUUAACUCAGGUUUGGAAAUCUCAAUUUGAUAAUGAUAAACAUAAAGUUUGUAAUUCUUUCUUCCUUGGAGCAUGAAGUAUAAUUAAUAUACUUGAAGGAGGGACUAAACUCUUUGGAGAAAAAUGUGCAGUGUUUGUUCACUUAAUCUCGCCACGGGCAAGCCUAGGUCAUGGGCUAAGCGGUAGAUCAAAGGGUAUUGCAUUUUAGUCUUGAUUAAUAACACUUAUGGUAUUUAUCUUUGAGCAAGUCACUUAAUCUGCCAGGGCCUCUGUUUUCAUAUGUCAUAAUAAUAAUGGAACCUCUGAUUACAGUUUUUGAGAACACUUCCCAUACAUUCCCAUUUGAUCAUCACCACAUUCCCAUUUGAUCAUCCUACUAUCUGUAUGCAUGGCAGAUACUAAUGUCCUCAUUUUACUGAUGAGGAAACUGAAACUCAGAGGUUGAAUGACUUGCCCAAGGUCACAAAACUAAUAAAUCUCCUACCCUGCUGUACUCUCUGAUUUAGAUUAUGGGUUUUUUUUUGGGUUUUGUUUUGUUUUUGAGAUGGAGUCUCACUCUGUCGCCCAGACUGGAGUGCAGUGGCUGCGAUCUCUGCUCACUGCAACCUCCGCCUCCCUGGUUCAAGUGAUUCUCCUGUCUCAGCCUCCCGAGUAGCUGAGAUUACUGGUGCAGAUCACCAUGCAUGGCUAAUUAUUGUAUUUUUAGUAGAGACAGAAUUUUGCCAUGUUGGCCAAACUGGCCUGAACUCUUGACCGCAAGUGUGGGAGCCUGCCUCAGCCUCCCACAGUGCUGGGAUUACAGGCGUGAGCCACCGUCCCUGGCUGAUUUACAUUUUGUAACCAGUGCUCUUGCCACUAAAUGUUUUUAUCUUUAUGUAUGCAAAAUGGAAAUUAGUGAUUUAUUUCCUAAUGAUAACACUGAAAACAAAUACAAGCAUUUUGUAAAAGUUCUGUAGAAAUUAAAGUGAACAUAUUCUUUUAUUCAUUUUCUUUUUUUGAGACGGAGUUUUGCUCUUGUUGCCUAGGCUGGAGUGCAAUGGCGUGAUCUUGGCUCACUGCAACCUCUGCCUCCCGUGUUCAAGCAGUUCUCUUGCCUCAGGCUCCCAAGUAGCUGGGAUUACAGGCAUUUGCUACCAUGCCUGGCUAAUUUUGUAUUUUUAGUAGAGACGGGGUUUCUACAUGUUGGUCAGGCUGGUCUCGAACUCCCAACCUCAGGUGAUCCACCUGCCUCCGCCUCCCAAAGUGCUGGGAUUAUAGGCAUGAGCCAUCGCGCCUGGCCUAAAGUGAACAUAUUCUUUUUAUUAGUUCUAGAUGUAAUUAAAAUAGAUAUUAGUUGACUUUCUAUAAUUUUUAGUGUUCUUGAGCCUUUGGUUUUCCUUUUUUUUUGUAAAUAGAGUCUCAUUCUGUUGUCCAGGCUAGAGUGCAGUGGUGUAGUCGAGGCUCACUGCAACCUCCACCAUCUGGGUUCCACCGAUUCUCCUGCCUCAGCCCCCCGAGUAGCUGGGAUUAUAGGCAUGUACCACCAUGCCUGGCUAAUUUUUGUAUUUUUAGUAGAGAUGGGGUUUCACCAUGUUGGCCAGGCUGGUCUUGAACCCCUGACAUCACUUGGCCUCCCAAAGUGCUGGUAUUACAGGCAUGAGCCGCUCUGCUGGGCCUGAUCAUUUUUGUUUGUUGAUUAACCUAUGUGUUUCUCUAAGGGCCUGUCCAGUGACACACAGUCAUUGAGUUAGGCACCUGGUUGGACGCAGCCUGGUCUGAGUCAACCAGAGGCACUAAUCUACUGAAUAGCUAUUUAGGAGCUGAUGGUACACACAUGGAUGGUGAUCAAAUUGUUGUGGAAGUACAAGAAACUGUUUUUGUUUCAGAUGUUGUGGAUUCAGACAUAACUGUGCAUAACUUUGUUCCUGAUGACCCAGAUUCUGUUGUAAUCCAAGAUGUUAUUGAGGACGUUGUUAUAGAAGAUGUUCAGUGCCCAGAUAUCAUGGAAGAAGCAGAUGUAUCUGAAACGGUCAUCAUUCCUGAGCAAGUGCUGGACUCAGAUGUAACUGAAGAAGUUUCUUUAGCACAUUGCACCGUCCCAGAUGAUGUUUUAGCUUCUGACAUUACUUCAGCCUCAAUGUCUAUGCCAGAACACGUCUUGACGAGUGAAUCUAUACAUGUGUCUGAUGUUGGACAUGUUGGACAUGUUGAACAUGUGGUUCAUGAUAGCGUAGUAGAAGCAGAAAUUGUCACGGAUCCUCUGACCACCGAUGUAGUUUCAGAAGAAGUAUUGGUAGCAGACUGUGCCUCUGAAGCAGUCAUAGAUGCCAAUGGGAUCCCUGUGGACCAGCAAGAUGAUGACAAAGGCAACUGCGAGGACUACCUUAUGAUUUCCUUGGAUGAUGCUGGCAAAAUAGAACACGACGGUUCUUCUGGAAUGACCAUGGACACAGAGUCGGAAAUUGAUCCUUGUAAAGUGGAUGGCUCUUGCCCUGAGGUCAUCAAGGUGUACAUUUUUAAAGCUGACCCUGGAGAAGAUGACUUAGGUGGAACUGUAGACAUUGUGGAGAGUGAGCCUGAGAAUGAUCAUGGAGUUGAACUGCUUGAUCAGAACAGCAGUAUUCGUGUUCCCAGGGAAAAGAUGGUUUAUAUGACUGUCAAUGACUCUCAGCCAGAAGAUGAAGAUUUAAAUGUUGCUGAAAUCGCUGAUGAAGUUUAUAUGGAAGUGAUUGUAGGAGAGGAGGAUGCUGCUGCGGCAGCUGCAGCCGCCGCCGCCGUGCAUGAGCAGCAAAUGGACGACAAUGAAAUCAAAACCUUCAUGCCGAUCGCAUGGGCAGCAGCUUAUGGUAAUAAUUCUGAUGGAAUUGAAAACCGGAAUGGCACUGCAAGUGCCCUCUUGCACAUAGAUGAGUCUGCUGGCCUCGGCAGACUGGCUAAACAAAAACCAAAGAAAAGGAGAAGACCUGAUUCCAGGCAGUACCAAACAGCAAUAAUUAUUGGCCCUGAUGGACAUCCUUUGACUGUCUAUCCUUGCAUGAUUUGUGGGAAGAAGUUUAAGUCGAGAGGUUUUUUGAAAAGGCACAUGAAAAACCAUCCCGAACACCUUGCCAAGAAGAAGUACCGCUGUACUGACUGUGAUUACACUACCAACAAGAAGAUAAGUUUACACAACCACCUGGAGAGCCACAAGCUUACCAGCAAGGCAGAGAAGGCCAUUGAAUGCGAUGAGUGUGGGAAGCAUUUCUCUCACGCGGGGGCUUUGUUUACUCACAAAAUGGUGCAUAAGGAAAAAGGAGCCAACAAAAUGCACAAGUGUAAAUUCUGUGAAUACGAGACAGCUGAACAAGGGCUAUUGAAUCGCCACCUCUUGGCGGUCCACAGCAAGAACUUUCCUCAUAUUUGUGUGGAGUGUGGUAAGGGUUUUCGUCACCCAUCAGAGCUCAAAAAGCACAUGAGAAUCCAUACUGGGGAGAAGCCGUACCAAUGCCAGUACUGCGAAUAUAGGUCUGCAGACUCUUCUAACUUGAAAACGCAUGUAAAAACUAAGCAUAGUAAAGAGAUGCCAUUCAAGUGUGACAUUUGUCUUCUGACUUUCUCGGAUACCAAAGAGGUGCAGCAACAUGCUCUUAUCCACCAAGAAAGCAAAACACACCAGUGUUUGCAUUGUGACCACAAGAGUUCGAACUCAAGUGAUUUGAAACGACACAUAAUUUCAGUUCACACGAAAGACUACCCCCAUAAGUGUGACAUGUGUGAUAAAGGCUUUCACAGGCCUUCAGAACUCAAGAAACAUGUGGCUGCCCACAAGGGCAAAAAAAUGCACCAGUGUAGACAUUGUGACUUUAAGAUUGCAGAUCCUUUUGUUCUAAGCCGCCAUAUUCUCUCAGUUCACACAAAGGAUCUUCCGUUUAGGUGUAAGAGAUGUAGAAAGGGAUUCAGGCAACAGAAUGAGCUUAAAAAGCAUAUGAAGACACACAGUGGCAGGAAAGUGUAUCAGUGUGAGUACUGUGAGUAUAGCACUACAGAUGCCUCAGGCUUUAAACGACAUGUUAUUUCCAUUCACACGAAAGACUAUCCUCACCGGUGUGAGUACUGCAAGAAAGGCUUCCGAAGACCUUCAGAAAAGAACCAGCACAUAAUGCGACAUCAUAAAGAAGUUGGCCUGCCCUAACAAUACUUCUCCAGAUGGUAGAGAUAUUGGCCUUGAAGCAGAAAAUUCAUAUUAAAGCCAAUCAAUCUCAUUCACAUACAAUACUGUAUAUUGAUUUAUGCUGUGUACAAAUAGAUUUACCGCUUUCUAGUUGAUUUUUUUUAAUAUACAUUUUGUUCAGUAGUGUGUUCUAAAUUCUAUUCAGUUUGUUUAAUAAAUGGGGAAAACUGGCAACAAGCUAGUUACUUUUAAUAAAGUAAUCCCUGAUUCUAUACUGAAUUUUUAUAUCUUAGAAGUUUUAUAUUUAUUUAAAUAUUUACCUUGCUUACCUUGAUGGUACUCUUCUAAGAUCAUUAACUUAAGGUAACUUUACAUCAUUGGUAACUCUGAAAGUAUUCAUGUUGACUCAUUAUUUUUCCCCAUGCAUUUCUCACAAUAAAAUUGUCAGAGACAUCUACUAAUAUAAAUGGGAGAUUUUACAGUCAGGUCUAAUUAUCAUAAGAUGGAAGUCAUUUACUUGUCUUGAUUAAUAUUUUCAGACCACUUGACAGUGAAAGUUGCCGUUUGAGCUUUUGCGUCCCUGGCUUUGCUGAGUAAAGAACAGUGGCUGGGUUCGUGUUUACUCUUCAUUUUGUUUAGCAGAUAAAAUAAUACUUCUUUUGGCUUUCUUUGGAUUAUUUACGUCUUUUGUCAGCGUAGCAAACUUUAGAAAACCUUAUUGAAAAUUUUUGCUUGAUCCUGUUGUAUUUUGAUUAUUCUGUCUGUGUGGCUUCGUCUUGGAAUGGGUGUAUGCUACAAAUGACACGUACUGAGGACUGCAGUUUGGAAUCUCCUAGAGGUAACUCAUGGCUUAUAGGAUCUUUUGCAACUUUAUAUAUGUAAAUGUACCCUGAAGUAUAUAUAUAUAUAUAUAUACACACACAUACAUAUAUAUCACGUACCUGUGUGUAUUGCUUACUUUACAUAUUUAUACACAUGACCCCAAGUAGUAGUUGUUUAAAAUCUAUAAUUAAAAGUAUUAAAUUUACAAUAACACGAAAGAUCCAGGGAUGCAUGAGAGAGCAUUUUGUAAGUCAUGCUCUUCAGAGAGACUACUCAGGUGAAGAAUUAGAAGGAAAAUAAGGACACUAGGUAUUUUUAAAGAGUAAAGGUAUUUUCUUUUAAAUAUCUUUGGUAAUUGAAAAAUAGAGGUUAAGAUGUUUCUAGGUAGAAUGUUUUCAUACAGUUUCAGCUCCAUGUCUUUAUAUAUUUUUUGAAAAGCAAAUGAGUAUCCAGACAUGACUCCCACAGUUCUCUUUGAGAAGCCUGAGAGGGAACUCUGUCUUAUCUAGUGAGGGGGAUGGAAAAGCAGCGAUAGCUCUGUGGACCAGAGAACGGGUGCUAAUUACGACUUCACAUUUGGCAAGUUCAGCCUGAUCUGUUAUUUCUUAGACAGUUACAGUUAGCAAACUUUAAAAACUUAACACUCAAGUUGGCUUUGAUUAAAAGGUAGAGAUGUGUUUUAAGUGGAUAAGGAAAGUCGGAGGCCUUAUUUGGAACAUCACUAAGUCUUCCACUGUUUUUUUGAGAGUUGGCAUUUUUUAACAGUUCUGAAGCAGUGUCAUACGUUCAUAAAACAAACUCUGUUGAUUAGAAUUUGGUUGUGCUAAGACGAAUCUUGGAGAACAGAAAACAGUUUUGGGGGUCCUUUCAAUUGGCUAUUGGUUUAUAUGCAUCUAGCACGUUGUAGGAAAACUAGAAAUUGUCUUCCCACUCAGUAGUUGCCUUGCCACCUUGUUAUGGUGCUCCACCCCCUUUGUGCUUAGGUUUUUACCUUUCAUCUUUCUCUUUGCCAUUGAUGUUUGUAUUCAAGAGUUAUAUUUUUAGGGUUAGAAAUCAAAAUAUUUGGUGUUUGGCAAGCCUCUGAAGUGCUAGACUGACUUAGUCUAGUUUUAAAUCAAGUGCUUUAGGCAGGUGUGAACUCUAGCCUAAAUGCCAAAGUCAAGGCAUGGGUUUUCCUAGCCUAUCUCAGCAAAUUCCUGUACCUUCUUGGCCCACAUAAUGUGCUGUAAUUUUUUUUUUUUACGAACUUAAAAUUAUAUGAUUUGUAAUUCAUUGCCCUGUGAUUCUUGAAAACUCUGUCUGUUUUUUUGUGAGAACCUUUAAAAUCUCCCUUGAUUUUUAUUUUUCCCAGAAGUAAUGUUAAAACACUUAAAGUAGAAGUGUAUUAAUUUCAAAUCCUAUAAAAUUAAUACAGAAAAUAUAAAUGAUUGGGUCAUUUAACUAUAUUUUUUUAAAUAAACUGAAAGAUAAAGAACACAUCACUUCACACAUUUUAUAUUUCUCUUACAUACUCUGGAAUCAUACACAGUUCUUUUCUUUUUAAAGCACAAUAUUAAAACCUUUAAAAGGUAUUUAAGGGUUUGGUCAAGUGAAUAUGAUAAAACGUAUUUGUCUGUAUAAAGAGAAAAUGAAAUCGUAGUCACUGUUAUGUACUGACAUUAGUUACAACCUAGUUUUAAUUCUUAAAACAAUUUUGAUUAGCAAAGCUAAAAAAACAAGGAUGCUUCAGUUAAAUGUUUUAAAGAGGUACAGAUUUUUACAAGGACAUAAUAUAAGUUAUUGUUCUGUAGAAAUAUCCUAUUAAAUAUUGUAUGUCCCUCCCUCUGUAUACUUUGUAAAAAAAAAAAAAAGUAAAAUACAUAAAAAGAAAAUCAUAUAGGGAUGUGUGACAUUAUUGUAAUUGUGUACUUGAGAAUAACGUGCAAAAAUAAAAAUCAGAAUAUUUUCCUGUUAUUGAAUGUUUAGUCUAUUUGAUACCAGUACUAAGUUAAUGCUUUUUCUUAAUGAAAAAAAAUGUACAGUUUUUGUAAACCUAAUAAACAUCAAAAGCAGUGGUUUAUUUUCAUCCCCCCCAUUUCUUAAUUCCUUUUAAGCAGCAGUGGAAUGCAAAGUGCUUGAUUGCUUUGAAUUUUGUGACUCAGAUGCAAAUACUGGUAAUAUUUCAGUCCUGUGAAUUUGCAAGUAGUAUUUCCGAGAACUUAAGAGGUGAUUGGUGAGUCCUUUGAUGAGCAUGUCCUUGGAAUUCAUUUUUUCUUUUAUCUUCAUAAAUGAUUUGUUUUAUUAGCAUCUCCAGUUCCCCUGAGAUGAAUUACCUAUGCAUAAAGUGGUUUUUGAGAGCACUUAAAGUUCAUUUCAGUAUUAAUUCACAGCAUAUUUAAUCAGUGGGGACUGUUACCACCUCCACAGCAGAAAUCGUGCCCUCGUUACCCCUUUGUGCCCAGUUUAGAGGACUGUAGUAGACGGUAACAUACUAGAGAGUGGUCACUGCUGCAGUUAAAAAUUGGCAGUUAAGUAAAUGUCAGGAGUCAAAAGAGAGUUGUGCCAUCUUUGGUCGUAUAGACAAGAUUCUGCAGUUCUUCCAACUGUAUGAACAAGCAAAUGUUUGCCUAAUAAUUGAAACAAUAAUUCAAAAUUUAGGUAAAUGACCAAGGGAAUGUGGUGAAUGUCACUGUCUAGAGCCAUAAAUCGGGCAAAACCAUAGCAUGCUGAAAAACUUAAGUUGUAAUGGAACGUCCAACAAAUGAUACCCAACUUGUCUGUGAUCCCAACCAGUCAGAUAAUGUAUGUGCAUCUGUAUUACCUGGGAAUCUCAGUAUUAACAAUUGCAUUUCCCACAAAUUCUAGCAUUCAUGUAAGGAAAAACAUGGCUAAUCAAUAUCUUAAAGGGGGGCAAUCUUUCAGAGCAGUGGUUUUCAAAGUGUGGCUGCAGCAUUGGCAGCAUCUUAAUCUCCUGGGACUUUGUUAAAGAUGCAAAUUCUCAGCCCCACGCUAGUCCUACUGAAUUGGGAAACUGGUGUGUGACCCAGCUAUCUUUGUUUUAACAUGUUCUCCAAGUGAUUCUGAUGCCUGUUAAAGCUUAGGAAACUUUUAGAGCACUUGAGGAACCUAAAAGAUGACGACUGGUUCAACAUUUAGUGUGGUAGAUGAGAAAAUCACAAAAAAUCAGAAAUGAACAGUGAGAGAAGAAUAGGACCCAAACGGUAGUUUAUACCUUCGGUUUGCUGUUUUAAAAGCCAAGUCAACAAGUAUAUAUCCUUUAGCACGCAUGUAAGUAGCCUGCACUUCCUAAAUCUUGUGUGGCCUCCCAUAGUUACAUUCCCUAAAGGUAAAUUGGGUUCAGAGGAAGAUUCAGCAUUUAAAAGAGAAGGGCUGAGAAAGAUGUGUGUGUGUUUUCAUUGGCCCAGGGUUACUUAAGGAAAUCAUAAAAAAAACAUUUUGCCACAUUCUGCAACUGUUUUAAGGUCAAAUUAAGUUUACCCUAUGGAUUUUGUUUCAUCUUUCGUUUCCUGUAUAUAUUGUUUGCCUUUUUCAUAAAAAUCUUGGAUUUGUUAUAUAUUCCUGUUAUUUUUGACAUCUUUCCUAUUGUAAAUAAAUUACUAUUUUGUUUUAAGUUA